GGCUACCUUCAGCGCCUUUGCCUUCAGCCAUUCGUAAACGUGACGCUGGGUUCUUCCGCCGGGGCUUGGGGUCAAGGGUCACCAAUAUGGCAGCGCCCAGGAGCGGCUGAAACGUGAAGCGGAGGAUGGCGCUGGUGGCGCUGGCGGCGAGGGCUCGGCUGGGGAACUGGCUGAGCGGGCCGGGGCUGGGGCUGGGGCUGGGGCGCGGGCACUGGACGGCGGCCGGGCGCUCGAGGAGUCGGCGCGAGGCGGCCGAGGCCGAGGCGGAGGCGCCAGUGUUCCAGUACGUGGGCGAGCGCGCGGCCCGCGCCGACCGCAUCUUCGUGUGGGGCUUCAGCUUCUCGGGGGCGCUGGGCGUGCCCACCUUCGUGCUGCCCAGCUCUGGGCCCCAUCCCCACGCCGGCUCGCGGCCGCGCCGCAGGAUCCAGUCUGUACCUUACCGCCUGGAACUGGACCAAAAGAUUUCAUCUGCUGCCUGUGGCUAUGGAUUCACAUUGCUGUCGUCUAAAACCAGAGACGUGACGAAAGUUUGGGGUAUGGGACUCAACAAAGAUUCUCAGCUUGGAUUUCACAGGAGCCGGAAAGAUAAGACCAGGGGAUACGAGUAUGUCCUGGAGCCCUCGCCCGUCCCACUGCCUCUGCACAGACCUCAGGAGACGCAGGUGCUGCAGGUGUCCUGCGGCAGAGCCCACUCUCUCGUCCUGACAGACGGCGAAGGAGUCUUCAGCAUGGGGAACAACUCGUACGGGCAGUGCGGAAGAAAGGUGGUGGAAAACGAAAUUUACAGUGAAAGUCACAAAGUCCAUAGGAUGCAGGACUUCGAUGGACAGGUGGUCCAGGUCGCCUGUGGUCAAGACCAUAGUCUGUUCCUCACGGAUAAAGGAGAAGUGUACUCUUGUGGCUGGGGCGCGGAUGGGCAGACAGGUCUGGGCCACUACAAUAUCACCAGCGCGCCCGCCAAGCUGGGUGGAGACCUUGCCGGAGUGAACGUCGUCCAGGUGGCCACGUACGGUGACUGCUGCCUGGCAGUGUCGGCCGAUGGCAGCCUUUUCGGCUGGGGCAACUCCGAGUACCUGCAGCUGGCCUCUGUCACGGACUCCACCCAGGUGAACGUGCCCCGGCGCCUGCCCUUCUCGGGGGUGGGGCAGGUGAAGCAGGCCGCGUGUGGGGGCACUGGCUGUGCUGUGUUAAAUGGAGAAGGACAUGUUUUCGUCUGGGGCUACGGAAUUCUUGGGAAAGGACCAAAUCUGGUGGAAACUGCUGUUCCAGAAAUGAUCCCACCCACCCUCUUUGGGUUGACGGAGCUCAACCCCGAAGUCCGCGUUUCCCGAAUUCGCUGUGGACUCAGCCACUUCGCCGCCCUGACCGACAGAGGAGAGCUGUUUGUGUGGGGGAAGAACAUCCGAGGGUGCCUGGGAAUCGGUCGUCUGGAGGACCAGUACUUCCCGUGGAGGGUGACGAUGCCCGGGGAGCCCGUGGACGUGGCGUGUGGUGUGGAUCACAUGGUGACUCUGGCCAAGUCAUUCGUCUGAGCCGCCUCCCUGACCCGCUUGAGCCCAGCCCGGGCCUCAGGACCACUGGGACAGUUCAGCAGAGGUGGCUGCGGGGCCCCGUGCAGUGUGCGCGCUCUCCUGCUGCCUGUCGCAGGAGGGGUGGCCGCGCUGCACUCGGGACGCUCACCUUGGCUCCUCGUAGGGACUGCACAACGGCUUCUGGUGCUACAUCUGGUCUGAGAAAAAGCUUACCUUUCGCAGCAGGCCACGUUCCUGCCUCUUAAAAGGUGCCUGGCAGAGUGUAGCGCUCAGGAGGGCUUCUGUUGCCCUGGGCACGGCGGGGCUCUCGCUGGAGUCUGGGCAGCUGUGCGAGGGUAUCGGUGCGAGCCCCAGCCUGACGCAGGGGGCGGUGGGCUCGGGCUGGGGGCUUUCCUGGAGGCCCUCGUCCGCUCAGCUGUUUCUACUCAGCUGCCCCCACUGCUCGCUGCCGGGACACCAGCCGAAACCCCUUCGGGUCCAUGGCUGCCCCAACUUUGUAGCCAUCCUUCCUGCCUGGCUUAGAUGUGAGAAGCCCCCUGGGGAAGGAGAUGGAGCCCAAGUUACUGGGGGCCGAGGGCUCUGAACACAUCCUGCCAAAGCCUGGCUGGAGCGCCAGCUUUGGAGGAGAAAGAUUCAGAAAUGGUGAAAAACCCUUGGGUACCGUAACCUUGUCUUUUUCUUUAAAAACAUCUUUUAAAAAUC